ACGGCAGAGCGGGAGGGUGGCGGCGGUGGGAGAAAGAGCGGGCGUGCGUACCGUGCUGCAGGCGGCGCGGCGGGAGCGCGGCCGGGCGAGGGCGGUCGGCAGAGCGGGAGCGCGGAGCGCGAGAGCCGGCCCGGAGCAGCCCCGGCGUGGGCGCGAGCGGCUGCACCGUUUCCGAGCCCAGCACCUCCUAGGACCCUCCGCCACGCGCGCGGGGCCGAGCCUGCCCAUGAAGCCGCCCGCAGCGCAGAGCAGCCCCGCGGCGGCCGCGGCCGCAGCCCCGGCCUUGGACUCGGCGGCCGCCGGGGACCUGACGGAUGCGCUGUGCGAGUUUGACGCGGUGCUGGCCGACUUCGCGUCGCCCUUCCACGAGCGCCACUUCCACUACGAGGAGCACCUGGAGCGCAUGAAGCGGCGGAGCAGCGCCAGCGUGAGCGACAGCAGCGGCUUCAGCGACUCCGACAGUGCAGAUUCGCUCUAUAGGAACAGCUUCAGCUUCAGUGAUGAAAAACUGAAUUCUCCAACAGACACUGCUCCAGCUCUUCUCUCCCCCACCGUCCCUCCUCGGAAAGCUAAACUAGGAGACACGAAAGAGCUAGAAGACUUUAUUGCUGAUCUUGACAGAACAUUAGCGAGUAUGUGAAACAAGGAGAAGUUCUGGGUCCUUUCAUCCUAAGGGAGAAGCUUCAGAAAGCUCCGAGGACCCUGGUAAACUCAGCUACGGAAUUUGCUGCCAGAGCAGACAGAGAUGAGAACUCACCUACCAGGAGGCCAUUCUCAGACUCGUUCUGAAACCAGCCUUUGAUCAUCUCUGGGCAAUUUAGAGAGUGAAACUGACUUUGUUGACCAGCUUGCAGCAUAUUAGAACAGAUGACCGACCCAUGCUAAUAUUGUAUUUUCUCUCAAAACAUAGCUUUCCUGUAAUUUAAAGUGCAUUUAUGGAAAUAUUUGUAAUUAAUUAUAUAUAGUUGGAAACAGUAAUAUGCUUUUCCCAGUAUAAUAUAUUUUUGUAUGCAAAUAAAAUUUGAACUGGA